AAAUAUAAAGAUCAAAUGAAACCAUUUUCAACAACUAAUGGAACUUAAAGUAUUCCAACAGACAAAAUUGACUCAUAUAUUUCAUAUAUGGUAUAAAUUAAUAGAUCAUUUUUAGUCUUAAGUUUAUAAUGUUCAAUAAUAUAUGCUUAUUCAUGCCUAAAAUUAGAUUAUGCAAGCCUAAUUAUUAAAAUUAUAAAAUGUGAGUUAGAACUAAAAUGGAACUCUCUAACAGAAAACAAUAAAACUAUUAGAACAAAUUUAAUAGAGUGCUUCCUAAAUUUCAAUUAAAGACUUCCUCUAAUCGAUCAAAAUGCCAAUCCUAGUUAAAUAUAUUGCAAAUAUAAUGAUCUAUUUAAUGAAAUAAUGUGUAUCUGAUUCAGAAGAACUUAUAAUGAGUUACAUAAGAGAUCCUAAUUCAAUUGUAAUUGAUAAAAAGUAAUGGACAUUGAUUUGUGAUAUUGUAAAUAAGAAAUUAGUUUAUUUGGGAACCAAAGAUAUUCUAUGUACAAAUGGUAAUUAUUUUCAAUAAACCUAGAUUCAUAGAUUGGAAUAAUUAGUCAAUCACUCCUUUUUAGUAAUAUAAUUAGUGAAGUUAUAUUUAAAAAAUUACAUAUUACUCAAGAUAACACUUAAUAGAUUGUUUUAAGAACUCUAAAUGAUUUAUUAUCAGAUGAUAAUCGAUCUGCAGAAUUUCUAUAUCAAUUUAUGUGUUAAACAGAAUCAUAAGUGUUAACGGUUGAUUAAUGUAUUUAAUCAUUUUAAAAGAUGUUCUAAAAAAUGGGUCAAUAUUUCCAUCAAUCAAAUCUUAUUGAAUAAAUUAUUGAAAAUUAAAAAUAAUUUAAUACAAAUGGAAAUUUUGAAUGUUAUGCAGAAAAAGUACUAUCUCCUUAUUAUCUUAAAGUAUUUAAAAAUUAUUAAAAUUUAUCAAAACAAUGAUUAAAAGUUGAUAAGUGAACAGCUAAUCAAGGGAUUGUUUGGUGAAUCCAAAUAAAUUGAUUGCAAAGAAUUCAUAUUUAAUUCAAAUAGAUUAGAAAAUAAAUUAAAAUCAAUCUUAUUUGUGUUUGUUGAAUUAGUUAGAAUUGAGAAUUAAAUUAUACAAAUUGUUAUUGAAAAUAAAAUGUAAUACUUUCUCUAAACAUUUUUUAGAUCUGAAGAACCAUAAAAGAAUCCUUUAGAAUAUUAUGCUAAAUUAAUAGAAAAAAUUAAGAAUAAAUGCAAAAGUAAGGAAGAUGAAUAUUGUAAUUGUAAGAGAUGCUAAUGUGUCAAAAGAAAUAGAGAUAGUGCAAGAGAAUCAUAAAAAAGAAAAAGAGAAGCUUUAGAAAAGAUAGGUCCAUUGUAAAAAGAAUGUGAAAAAAUUGAGAAAAAAGUAUGAUUAAAUCUAAAAUUAGGUUUAAUUUUUAGAAUUUUAAAAUACUAAAUUAAAAUCUGUCUUAUUUGAAGCAUUAAAAAAUCCAGUGAUUGAAAGUAUUAUCAAAAAUGAUUACUCCAAUACUCUGUCGAAUUUCAAUAUAAUAAGCAAUUAAUCUCAAGAUAGUUAGUAAUCCUAAAGUUAUCAAAUAAAUUAAAUGGAAUAAGACUAAUCCUUAUGAAAG